GCGGGGAGCGCCUCGCUCAGCCCAGCCCAGCGAGCGGAGCGGAGCCGAGCCGCCGGCAGCCGCCGCAGCAACUUUGUUGGGAAAGGCAGCCCCGAGCUGGAGCAGCGCGGCCGGAGGCGGCGGUGAGCGACGGCGGCCCGGCCCGCUGCGCUCCGAGGCGGCGGCUCCCGCGCUGCCCGUCCGUGCGGAGGCGGCCGCGCCGAGGGCGCCCUGCGGCGGGGGACGCGCUCCCCCGCGGCCCGGAGCGGCACACGCCGCUCGCCCCCACGGCUCGCUAGAUAACUUGUCUCUUGUUCGCCCCCGUUUCACUGUGGUAUGAUUCAUCAGAAGUAGAUUGUGACGUCCAUUGGGAGUUUCUGCUGAAGCUGCAUGUGUCUGCUUUCUCAGGAAUUUGGGUAGCUGCUGCUUCUUUGAAGAGAGAUUACCUGUGUCCUCCUUCAAAUGCCUGUGGUAUUUUCAAGAGGAACCAUUUUUCUGCUUAAAAGAAGCAUAAGCCAUUCGACUACACCUCUGACAUUUUGGAGCACGAGUGAUGUUAAAACUAUUUGAAUGUAUUGGAGCAUGGCUGCUUCUUAAAAUGCAGAAGUUAAAGGAAAUGAUUUCUUAUCAAAACCUACUGAAUAUCUGAAUUUUCUGGACAUUCAGCAUUUAACUGUGUCCUUAAAUGUCCGUGAUUAAGAUCUCAUGCAACCAUUGUAUAUUUUGGAGACUAUUCUCCAGAAGAGAACUGUGCAUUUAAAAAGCAGAAAUGACUGUAGGUUUUUUUGGAACUUACUAAGGUUGAACAUACUGAAAGACCAUGACCAGCUUGAAGCGGUCCCAGACCGAAAGGGCUGUUGCCACUGGGGUAUCAGUUGGAACAGAUGGCACCUCAAAAGUCCACUCGGAUGACUUCUACAUGAGGCGCUUUAGGUCACAGAAUGGCAGCUUAGGAUCUGCAGUCAUGGCACCAGUUGGACCUCCUCGCAACGAGACUUCCCAUCAUGUUACCUCUACCCCUGGAGUCCCUAAAAUGGGGGUCAGGGCAAGGAUUGCUGAUUGGCCCCCAAGGAAGGAGAACAUCAAGGAGACAAGCAGAUCUAGUCAAGAUAUUGAAACGUCAAGUUGCCUUGACAGCAUGUCUUCUAAAAGCAGUCCUGGGAGUCAGGGAAGUUCUGUUAACUUGAAUGCUAGUGAUUCUGUCAUGUUAAAGAGCAUCCAGAGCACACUUAAAAACAAGACCAGACAAUCUGAGAAUCUAGACUCCAGGUUUCUUACACCCGAUGGCUAUCCCAGUUCCCCAAGGAAAGCUCUGCGCAGAAUACGACAGCGCAGCAACAGCGACAUCACCAUAAGUGAGCUUGAUGUGGAUAGUUUUGAUGAAUGUAUUUCACCCACGUUUAAAUCUGGACCAUCUCUGCACAGAGAGUAUGGCAGCACAUCUUCCAUAGAUAAACAGGGAACUUCAGGGGAUAGUUUUUUUGACUUAUUGAAGGGCUAUAAAGAUGAAAAGUCUGAUCAGAGAAGCCCAGGCUCAACUAAACUCGGUGAGCUUCUGAUUGCCAGUGGAAGCAAGGGUUCAGGAUUCUCUCUAGAUGUGAUAGAUGGACCUAUUACUCAAAGGGAGAACCUGAGGCUGUUUAAGGAAAGGGAGAAGCCACUCAAGAGACGCUCAAAAUCAGAGACAGGAGAUUCAUCUAUUUUUCGUAAGCUGCGUAAUGCCAAAGGUGAAGGGGAACUUGGGAAGUCUUCAGAUCUUGAAGAUAACAGGUCAGAAGAUAGCAUUAAGCCUUGGACUUGUCCGAAGUGUUUUGCUCAUUAUGAUGUACAGAGUAUUUUAUUUGAUUUAAAUGAAGCAGCAAUCAAUAGGCAUAAUGUUAUUAAAAGAAGGAACACAACGACAGGUGCAUCUGCUGCUGCUGUAGCAUCACUUGUCUCUGGACCUUUGUCCCAUUCUGCAAGUUUCAAUUCUCCAAUGGGCAGCACUGAAGACCUGAAUUCAAAAGGAAGUCUUAAUAUGGACCAGGGGGACGAUAAAAGCAAUGAACUAGUGAUGAGUUGUCCUUAUUUUCGUAAUGAGAUUGGUGGGGAAGGAGAAAGGAAGAUCAGCCUUUCCAAAUCUAAUUCAGGUUCCUUCAGUGGGUGUGAAAGUGCCUCAUUUGAGUCGACUCUGAGUUCUCAUUGCACAAAUGCUGGAGUUGCAGUUCUGGAAGUUCCCAAGGAGAAUCUGAUAUUACAUCUAGACAGAGUGAAAAGAUACAUCGUUGAACAUGUAGACCUUGGUGCAUAUUAUUAUCGAAAAUUCUUCUACCAGAAAGAACACUGGAAUUAUUUUGGGGCAGAUGAGAACCUGGGUCCAGUAGCUGUGAGUAUAAGAAGAGAGAAGCCAGAGGAAAUCAAAGAAAAUGGACCUCAGUACAACUAUCGGAUCAUAUUCAGAACCAGUGAGCUCAUGACAUUAAGAGGCUCCGUGCUGGAAGAUGCUAUCCCAUCUACUGCAAAGCAUUGCACAGCCAGGGGACUUCCCCUAAAGGAAGUGCUGGAGUAUGUGGUUCCAGAGCUGAAUAUCCAUUGCCUAAGGCUGGCCUUUAACACUCCUAAAGUCACAGAACAGCUUAUGAAGCUUGAUGAGCAAGGGUUAAGUUACCAGCUUAAGGUGGGUAUUAUGUACUGCAAAGCUGGGCAGAGCACAGAAGAGGAAAUGUAUAAUAAUGAAUCAGCAGGUCCAGCCUUUGAGGAGUUUCUUCAGCUCUUGGGAGAGCGAGUUCGACUCAAGGGAUUUGACAAGUACCGUGCUCAGCUGGAUACAAAAACUGAUUCAACGGGUACUCAUUCUCUGUAUACAACAUACAAGGACUAUGAAAUCAUGUUCCACGUUUCUACAAUGUUGCCAUAUACUCCAAACAACAAGCAACAGCUUCUGAGAAAACGACAUAUUGGGAAUGAUAUUGUGACAAUAGUUUUCCAGGAGCCUGGAGCACAACCAUUCAGCCCCAAGAACAUCCGAUCCCACUUCCAGCACGUCUUUGUCAUUGUGAGGGUGCACGGUCCCUGCACUGACAGCGUUUGUUACAGUGUUGCUGUGACAAGAUCCAGAGAUGUACCAUCCUUUGGCCCACCUAUUCCAAAAGGUGUGACGUUUCCUAAAUCAAAUGUGUUCAGGGACUUCUUACUGGCCAAAGUCAUUAAUGCAGAGAACGCUGCUCAUAAAUCAGAGAAGUUCCGUGCGAUGGCCACCAGGACCCGGCAAGAGUACUUGAAAGACUUGGCAGAGAAGAAUGUCACCAACACACCCAUUGACCCUUCUGGCAAGUUCCCCUUCAUCUCACUUGCUUCAAAAAAGAAGGAAAAGUCCAAACCUUAUCCAGGAGCAGAGAUCUAUAGUUCAGGUGCUAUUGUCUGGAGUGUCCAUGCAAAAGACUACAGCAAGGGUAUGGAAAUAGACUGUCUCCUAGGCAUCUCGAAUGAGUUUGUAGUCCUCAUUGAACAGGACACAAAAAGCGUGGUGUUCAAUUGCUCCUGUCGAGAUGUGAUAGGGUGGACUUCAACAGACACAAAUAUCAAAAUAUUCUAUGAGAGAGGUGAAUGUGUUUCUUUGGAGAGCUUCAUCAGCAACAUUGAUGACAUCAAGGAGAUCGUCAAAAGGCUGGAGCUUGUGACCAAGGGCUGUGAAACCGUGGAGAUGACUCUGCGCAGGAAUGGCCUGGGCCAGCUGGGUUUCCACGUGAACUACGAGGGCAUCGUGGCAGACGUGGAGCCCUACGGCUACGCCUGGCAGGCGGGGCUGCGCCAGGGCAGCCGCCUGGUGGAGAUCUGCAAGGUGGCUGUGGCCACCCUGAGCCACGAGCAAAUGAUUGAUCUGCUCAGGACAUCAGUCACAGUGAAGGUCGUCAUUGUCCCUCCCUAUGAGGACUGCACACCACGCAGGAGUUCUUCAGAAAACUACCGUAUGCCAGUGAUGGAGUACAAAGUGAAUGAAGGAAUGUCAUAUGAAUUCAAAUUUCCCUUCAGAAAUAAUAACAAAUGGCAGCGAAAUGCAAGCAAAGGGCAGGGACCUCAUGUGGCUCAGGUGCCCUCUCAAAUGCAAAGCCCAGUACCAUCUAGGAUUAGCUCUGGAAAAGGAGAAGGGAAAAUGCCACCCCCAGAACGAGCCAACAUUCCCCGAAGCAUCUCUAGUGACGGGCGCCCGUUGGAGAGCCGGAGGCUGUCCCCUGGCUCCGAUGUCUACGUCACCGUCUCCUCCAUCGCCUUAGCGAGGUCGCAGCAGUGCCGUAACUCUCCAAGCAACUUAUCCUCCUCGAGUGACACUGGCUCUACUGGAGGCACUUACAGACAAAAAUCCAUGCCAGAAGGGUUUGGAAUUAGCCGCAGAUCCCCCGCUUCCAUUGACAGGCAGAACACGCAGUCGGACACGGGCGGCAGCGGCAAGUCCACUCCCAGCUGGCAGAGGAGCGAGGACAGCAUCGCUGACCAGCUGGAGCCAACGUGCCAUCUCCCAGCCGUCUCAAAAGUAUUGCCAUCCUUCCGAGAGAGCCCCAGUGGAAGACUGAUGAGACAGGAUCCUGUGGUACACUUGUCUCCAAAUAAGCAGGGUCAUUCUGAGAGCCACUACUCCAGCCAUUCCAGCAGCAAUACACUCUCCAGCAAUGCCUCCAGUGCUCACAGCGAUGAGAAAUGGUAUGACAGUGGAGAGCGCACGGAAUCGGAGCUGAACAGCUACAACUACCUUCAAGGGACAUCGGCCGACAGCGGCAUCGACACCACUUCCUACGGACCCAGCCACGGCAGCACCGCCUCCCUGGGGGCCGCCACGUCGCCCCGCACAGGGCUGACCAAGGACAAGGUGGCCCCGCUGUGGCACAGCUCCAGCGAAGUGGUCUCCAUUGCAGACAGGACAUUGGAAAAGGACAGCCACAUGGAUCGGAAAGCUGAAUCUUCACUCAGCCUGGAUAUACACAGCAAGAGUCAGCCAGCCUCCAACCCUCUCACAAGGGAGAACAGUGCUUACAGUUUAAGUGAUGCCGUCUCACAUACAAGUACCAUGAGCUCACGACACUCUGCCAGCCCUGUUGUUUUCACCAGUGCCAGAAGCUCACCUAAAGAAGAGAUUCAUUCUGCUACUUCUCCCCAGCUCGCACCUUCUUUCUCCUCCUCCUCUUCCUCCUCGUCUGGUCCUAGGACUUUCUACCCUCGCCAGGGUGCUACUAGCAAGUAUCUGAUUGGAUGGAAAAAGCCAGAAGGGACAAUAAACUCAGUGGGGUUUAUGGAUUCAAGAAAACGUCACCAGAGUGAUGGCAAUGAAAUGGCCCACCCUCGGCUGCGGGCGUCGGCAAGAGACCUGCGGGCGUCCCCAAAACGAGCGUCCAAGUCCACUGUCGAAGAAGAGCUGAAGAAAUUGAUAGAUCUUGAUAGCCCAACACCUGAAUCCCAGAAGAAUUUUAAGUCACACACUCUGUCCUGUCAGUCUCCCUUUCCCAGCACUCCUACCACAAGGCGUGCCUUGCAAAGGACUUUGUCAGAUGAGAGUAUUUACAGUGGUCAGAGGGACCACUUCUUCACCUCACGGGCCUCGCUCUUGGACCAAGCCAUGCCAAAUGAUGUUCUGUUCACCAGCACCUACCCUUCUCUCCCAAAGUCGCUGCCCUUACGGAGACCAUCCUAUACUUUGGGAAUGAAAUCACUACAUGGAGAGUUUUCUGCCUCAGACAGCUCCCUCACAGAUAUCCAGGAGCAAAGACGACAGCCCAUGCCAGACCCUGGUCUUAUGCCAUUGCCUGAUUCUGCCUCUGAUCUGGACUGGUCAAACUUGGUAGAUGCUGCCAAAGCUUUUGAAGUUCAGCGAGCUUCAUUCUUUGCUGCUGCUGAUGAAAAUCACAGACCUGUGAGCGCUGCUUCCAGCAGUGAUCAGGCUGAGGACCAGCUUACUGCACAGAUAAAGCCUUAUACAGGUAAAGAAUCCCCUCCAACUCUCGCCUCUAAAGUGGACCAACUGGAAGGUUUGCUGAAGAUGCUGCAAGAAGAUUUAAGGAAGGAAAAAGAGGACAAGGCCAGCCUUCAGGCUGAAGUGCAACAUUUGCGGGAAGACAACUUGAGGUUACAGGAGGAAUCCCAGAAUGCAACUGAAAAGCUGAAGAAAUUCACCGAAUGGGUUUUCAACACAAUUGAUAUGAACUGAGAACGGUGUAUGGAGAAGGAAACUAUCUGUUAUGAAUAUUAUUACUGGGACUUAAGCUUUAAUGCCACCUUAAUUAUGACAUGUGAAAGUAUAGUCAGAGCAAUUCCCUGUUCUUCAUCCUCCAAUAACCCUUUUUUGCAUCUCUGCGCGCACUCAGAACAAUUGCAGAUCAACAAUCAAUGUCUGCCUUUUGUAGAAAAAACAAAGUAAAUAAUUUUAAAAAGGUAAAAUAAAAAAAUAAAAGUUUAACUGCUAAAAUGUGAA